AUGGGUUUGACAACGCCCAAUAUGGAUGACAAUGAUAAUGACGAUGAUUUGGAAGCUGAAUUGCGGAAAAUUCAAGAAGAUGCAGGUGAUGGACAAACGAAACUUACCAGAAAAACUGAUCCCAGACCUAUACAAGAUUUAAAUUCAUUUCACAUGGAUGUUAGCAAAUUAUUAGCUGGUAUCGAAAAACCAAUUAAUGACGAAGAUCUGUCAGAUGAGGAUGAUCCAGAUGUAUUGGCUGAAUUAAACGGGAUAUAUGGCGAAUUAGCGAAUACAGGAAAUGAAAACAGUCUACAACAAGAACAACAACAUCAAAAACUUUCAACAGGACACCUAUUGCCAUUGUUAGAAGAACGAAAAACUAUGUAUGAAAAAGUUAUUAUAAAUGCCAAUAAUAACAACGAAGCAGCAAGAGCAAGAAGACUUGAAAGACAGUUGAAAGUAAUUCAACAAUUAUUACAAUCGGUAAAAACUGGCAUUCCGAUUAACGAAGAUGAUAUUCCCCCAGAAUUGUUACAAGAUGAAACUCUUGAAAUACUCGCGAGAGCAAGUGUCAGUACACCAUAUGAACAAGCUAAAGGCGAAGAAAAUGAGAAUAAAAAUUUUGUAGUGAAAGCACCAGGAUCAACAACAGUCAUGGAAGCAUUACAACAACAAGAAGAAUUAAACAAACGAUGUGAAGAAGCAACUGUCAGUGAUGAUCACUCGAAAGCACAAAGAACGGAGCGUUUGUCAAAGAUUCCAAAACAACCCAAUGAGAAUGAUUUUGAAAUGUUGGAUGAAGAUUUAGAGUUACUGCAUAGUGAUCGUGAUACAAUCUAUCGUCGUUUACAAGAAAAUCUAUUGCAUCAAAUUCAAUUAUGUGCGCGAAAUCAACAAGUUUACGCUCAGAUGGAUGAUCAGGAACAAUCUCUAGGAUAUAAACAAUUAGAACAACGUUGUCAACGUGAUUUAGAAAGUUUAAGAAAAUGUUUUCAACAUGGUUCAAAACCACCAUUAUUUCAUUAUGAAAGUCGAAAGAUGAAUAUUAUUCAAAUUAACAAUGAUUUAGCCGAAAAUGAUAUUGAGAUAACUGUGAUAAGAGGUAUCAAUUAUCCGAUUCCACAGGGUUAUACGGAUAAAACAUUGGAAACAUUUGUUCAUAUUGCAUUUCCAUAUCCAUCAGAGACAUCGCAGCAAGGCAAAACAAAACGUGUUUUGGGUGCACAAAAUCCAGAAUAUUUUGAAAUAUUCAAAUUUCAUAUUAAACGAAAUGAUGCAAAAUUUAAACGUUUGAUGAGUCGAAAAGAAUUGAAAUUAAUUAUCUAUUAUCGAUCAGGAUUUAUGAAAAUGAAUGAAAAAAUACUGGGUACAUCAUCAAUUAAAUUACAAUCGUUAGAAGAUAAUUGUACAAUACAUGAAAGUGUUGAUUUAUAUGAACAUGAACAUAAAAAACGAAUUGAAGGAAAAAUUGAAUGUAAAAUAAGAAUUCGAGAAGCUCUGGGACAAAAAAAAAUAUCAGAAGUCGUAUCACAACGUUGGCUAGUUAUUGAUCAAUUCAAAGAAUUUUCGUCGAAGCAAAAUGCAAAGUUAGUGGGAUCUGUAACUACGCUUGCUCAGUUAGUACCAACGGCAAUUAUGUAUGGAACAUUAACGUUAUCUUUAGGGAAGGAUUAUCACAAUAAUAACACCGAUAAUUUGACCGAACAAUGGUACAUUAGCGAUACUAUACAACGACAGAAUCUCAUCAGAAGCUGGGGUAACCAUUGGUCAGGAAACCAUUGGAACUCUGGUUACUAUGGUAAGUUACUAUCCAUACUACAAUUAUGGUUAUUACUAGGCGAUUUGAAUCUUGUUUAA